GGGGGGAUGAAGCUGAAGAAGCAGGUGACGGUGUGCGGGGCGGCCAUCUUCUGCGUGGCCGUCUUCUCCCUCUACCUGAUGCUGGACCGCGUCCAGCACGACCCCGCCCGCCCCCACGGCGGCGGCGGCGGCGGCGGCGGCCACUUCCCGCGGAGCCAGAUUUCGGUGCUGCAGAGCCGCAUCGAGCAGCUGGAGCAGCUGCUGGAGGAGAACCACGCCAUCAUCGCGCACAUCAAGGACUCGGUGCUGGAGCUGACGGCCCACCCCCACGGGCCGCCCGCCCGCCUGCCCUUCCGCGCGCCCAACGGCUCCUGGCUCCUGCCCCCCGAGCCCCGCGCCACCUUCUUCGCCGUCGCCGCCCGCGACUGCCGCCGCCUCGCCCGCGGGGCCGGCGGCCCCCAGGCGGACCUGCAGAUGCUGGCCGUGUCGGCGUUGCUGCCCUACGACAACCAGGACGGCGGGGUGUGGAAGCAGGGCUUCGAGAUCACCUACCAGCCCGACGAAUGGGACGCGGAGCCGCUGCAGGUCUUUGUGGUGCCGCAUUCCCACAAUGACCCAGGCUGGAUCAAGACCUUUGACAAGUAUUACUUCGACCAGACGCAGCACAUCCUGAACAGCAUGGUGGUGAAGCUGCAAGAGGACCCACGGCGGCGCUUCAUCUGGUCUGAAAUCUCCUUCUUCUCCAAGUGGUGGGACAACAUCAGUGCCCAGAAACGGGCUGCUGUCCGCAGACUGGUCGGCAGCGGGCAGCUGGAGAUGGCGACUGGAGGCUGGGUAAUGCCCGAUGAAGCCAAUUCCCACUAUUUUGCCAUGAUUGACCAGCUCAUUGAGGGGCACCAGUGGCUGGAGAAGAACAUUGGGGUGAUGCCACGUUCCGGAUGGGCAGUGGAUCCCUUUGGGCAUAGCUCCACGAUGCCGUAUCUGCUGCGCCGUGCCAACCUGACCAGCAUGCUCAUCCAGCGAGUCCACUACUCCGUCAAGAAACACUUGGCAGCCGCCCAGAACCUGGAGUUCAUGUGGAGGCAGAGCUGGGACACUGACUCCAGCACAGACAUCCUCUGCCACAUGAUGCCCUUCUACAGUUACGAUGUGCCCCACACGUGUGGCCCUGACCCCAAGAUCUGCUGCCAGUUUGACUUCAAGCGCCUGCCAGGGGGGCGCAUCAACUGCCCCUGGAAAGUGCCACCCAAAGCCAUCACCAGUGCCAAUGUGGCUGAGAGGGCUCUGCUCCUUCUUGACCAGUACCGGAAGAAGUCCAAACUCUACCGCAGUAAAGUGUUGCUGGUGCCUCUGGGGGACGACUUCCGCUACGACAAGCCCCAGGAGUGGGAUGCCCAGUUCCUGAACUACCAGCGCCUCUUUGACUACCUCGGUGCCCACCCUGACCUCCACGUGCAGGCGCAGUUUGGGACCCUCUCGGACUACUUCGAUGCCCUUUACAAGCGGGUGGGUGUUGUGCCAGGCAUGCGCCCCCCCGGCUUCCCAGUGCUCAGUGGUGAUUUUUUCUCCUAUGCGGACCGAGAGGAUCAUUACUGGACAGGGUACUACACGUCCAGGCCCUUUUACAAGCGCAUGGGUCGCGUCUUGGAGGCCCACCUCCGGAGUGCUGAGAUCUUGUACAGCCUAGCCGUGAGCCAUGCCCGCCAUGCGGGCAUGGACAGCAAGUACCCGCUGGCAGACUACGCCAUGCUCACCGAUGCGCGGCGCAACCUGGGCCUCUUCCAGCAUCACGAUGCUAUCACUGGCACAGCUAAGGAGGCGGUGGUUGUGGACUACGGUGUCAGGCUGCUCCACUCCCUCACGAACCUCAAACGGGUGGUCAUCAACGCCGCGCACUUCCUGGUCCUGGGGGAUAAGGAGGCCUACCACUACGACCCGGCAGGGCCCUUCCUUGGCCCCGACGAGACACGCCUCAAUCAGGACUCUUUGCCGGAGAAAACGGUCAUCAAGUUAGAUACAGCGCCCAGGUUUGUGAUUGUGUGGAACCCCCUGGAGCAGGAGCGGCUGAGCAUUGUGUCCCUCCUGGUCAACACGCCCCGCAUCCGUGUCGCCAGUGAAGAGGGGCAUCCUCUGGCAGUGCAGCUCAGCGCCUGGUGGAGUUCUGCCACAGACAUGGUCCCGGAGGUCUACCAGGCAUCCGUGAUGAUCCGGCUGCAGCCCCUGGGUCUUACCGUCCUGCAAGUGAGCAAGUCUUUUGACAGCCACAACACUCUCAGGUCCUCCGUGCGCCUCUUCCUGCACGGCCGUGACCUUCCUGUGCGCAAGCACGAGGCCUUUCCGGUGCGCAUCCUCCCCGCUGCCACGGACGACUUCUGUCUUGAGAACCAGCAGAUGCGGGCGUGCUUUGUGGGGCCCAGCGGGAUGCUCAAAAGCGUCCGUCAUGCUGGCGAGGACCAAGAGCGGCGGCUGCAAAGCCAGUUCCUCAUCUACGGGACUCGAGGCACCAAGGACAAGAGCGGCGCCUACCUCUUCCUGCCAGACGGAGAAGCCAAGCCCUACACCCCCAAGGACCCCCCCGUAGUUCGGGUGACGGAGGGACCCUUCUUCUCAGAAGUAGCUGUCUAUUACCAGCACAUCCAGGAGGUGGUGCGGCUCUACAACGUGCCAGGGGUCGAUGGACUGUCCAUGGAGAUCUCCUGCCUGGUGGACAUCCGUGACCACGUCAACAAGGAGCUGGCGCUGCGUUUCAGCACAGACAUUGACAGCCAGGGCACUUUUUUCACGGACCUGAAUGGCUUCCAGAUUCAGCCCCGGCAGUACCUGAAAAAGCUACCGCUGCAGGCCAACUUCUAUCCCAUGCCAGUCAUGGCUUAUAUCGAGGACAAACAGAGCCGCCUGACCCUGCACACAGCUCAGGCCUUGGGUGUCUCCAGCCUCAGCAGUGGCCAGCUGGAGGUGAUUCUGGACCGACGCCUCAUGCAAGAUGACAAUCGAGGCCUUGGACAGGGCUUGAAGGAUAACAAACGGACCUGCCACCACUUCCGCCUCCUCCUGGAACGGCACAGCACUGCUGAGAAGGCACAGGACGGUCAGCCCGUGAGUUUCCCAUCUUUGCUCAGCCACAUGACUUCCAUGCACCUGAACACAGAGGUGCUGGUGCUGCCCGUCACCCAGGAGAAGCUGCCGCCUCCAGCCCUGCGGUCCUUCCAGCCCUUCUCGGCCACCAUGCCCUGCGACUUCCACCUUCUCAAUCUGCGCACGCUGCAAGGGGAGGAUGAUUCACUGCCCUCCACAGAGACGGCUCUGAUCCUGCACCGCAAGGGCUUUGAUUGCGGCCUGGAGGCCAGGAACCUAGGCUUCAACUGCACCACCACCCAGGGCACGCUGCCUCUUGGUGGCCUCUUCCAGGGCCUUGAGCUGGUGUCCAUGCAGCCCUCCUCUUUGACCUUGAUGUACCCGCUGGGCCCCGCUUCCUCUAACAGCACGGUCCUUCACCUGGACCCCAUGGAGAUUGCCACGGUUCGCCUUCGCCUCGGAUAA